AUUUUUGGUAAAUAGUGCAUUAAAUAAGGAGGGUUUUACCCCGCCCUAGGAAUGGAUCCAUCUUAAGCAGAGCUGGAGACAGGCAGGAUGUGAACACGCUCUCGCGCAGCUGGAGCUGAAAGGCAAUAAUGACUUUGAAUAAGAUAAAGGCAGAAGUUUGGUUUUAGAUCAGUUUGGUUCCAGUCGGUGUCCGCUGAAUUUUGAUAUCAAGAAGUCCGCAUUAACUUUCAUGUUUUGUGACGAGGAGCGCGACACGGAGUCGUUCGCGUGCGGCGAAUCAUUUCAAGCAAGGCCAACAAAUAAUUAAGCUCAGACCACCUGGACUAAUCCUCAAAUAUCUGGAUAUCCUCUACAAAUCAUCCCCGUUUCUGUGAAUUCGCUCUGUUAGUGUGUCAGGAUGGGCUAAAAACCAUUGCUAGCACCUGCGCACCAUACACCUGGACCCACCACAGUCUCACCUGUGCAGGUGGUGAGUCUCGACACCAUGCAGGGACCUCGGAGGAAGGUGAAGGUCAUGGUGAUGAUGACAAUGGUGUUCAUUUUCAUAGUGGUGGAGGUCUCUCUCAAUGCUGGGAAGGGAGACAGCAACAAAAAUAAGCAGCUGGUUCCCACGAAGCGUUUCUGGGCAAAAGAUCUCCCCAGUGACGCCUACUGGAAUCGCCGACAGCAACAGCUGAACUACAUCAACAAUCGCAACCUAGAAAAGCUCAACUUCACGAUUAAGCUUCCAGACUGGUUAAACGACACAGUUAGUUUGGACUCCUGUGAGCCUGACUUCAGGGUGACCACCGAAGUCAAGGAUUACAACUCUCUACCGGAUCGCUUCAAGGACUUUCUGCUUUUCAUGCGCUGCAGGUCCUAUCCCAUCGUGAUGGAUCAGCCAAACAUAUGCAAAGACCCACCGUUCCUCCUCCUAGCUAUCAAAUCUUUAGUCCCGCACUUUGAUCGACGUCAGGCCAUCCGUGAGUCGUGGGGCAAAGCUGGCCUCCUUGCAAACCGAACGGUCGUUACAGUGUUCCUUCUUGGGAAUGCAGCCAUGGAGGACCACUUUCCUGAUCUCUCAAAGAUGCUUCUCCAUGAGAGCUCCAUACAUGGAGAUAUUCUCCAAUGGGACUUUAGGGACACCUUCUUCAACCUCACCAUCAAGGAAGUGCUUUUCCUGGAAUGGCUGAACACCCGCUGUCCUGGAGUCAGUUACGUCUUCAAGGGCGAUGACGAUGUUUUUGUUAACACCAUCCGCAUUAUAGACUUCCUAAGCAAUCUUUCUCAUGCCAAAGCCAAGGAACUGUUUGUAGGAGAUGUGAUUACCAACGCUGGUCCACAACGGGACAAAAAGGUCAAGUAUUUUAUCCCGGAAAGCAUGUUCGUUGGUACGUACCCUGCUUAUGCGGGUGGGGGCGGUUAUUUGUUCUCGGGACAGCUGGUCCAGAAGCUUCGUAACGUCUCGAGGUUGGUGCCACUCUACCCCAUUGAUGAUGUCUACACAGGUAUGUGCCUUAAGAAACUGGGCCUUGCUCCUGAGAAGAACAAAGGCUUCAGGACCUUUGAUAUUGAGGAGAAAUAUCGCGAUAAUGCCUGUGUCUAUAACGUCCUGAUGCUGGUCCAUCCCAGAAGUCCUCAACAUAUGAUUAAAAUCUGGGCCUGGCUGAAUAACCCAGCUUUGAACUGUCAUUGAACUGUUGGUCCAGGGUUUUGGCUGCUUUAAAGGGAUAGUUCACCCAAAAGUGCUAAUUUGGUCAUAAUUUACACAUCCUCAUGACAUUUUAGAACUGUAUGAUUAAUUUUUUUUUUUUUUUUUUUUCAUUUGUUGAACCAGAAAAAACUGUCACUGAUCACUUUUUAUUUAUUUAUUUCGUCCCCAUUGACUUUCAUCAUAUGGACGUCUUUUGUGUUCUGCAGUUUGGAACAACAUGAGAUUGAGUAAAUGAUGACAAAAUUGUCAUUUUUGGGUGGACUAGCUCUUUAACAUUUUUACCAUUUGUUCUAAAUGUGAUUUUAUUUAUCAUCUUUAUGUACUCAAUUUCAUGUCAAAGGUCAGAAGCGAUGGUGAGCUCUUUAGAUGUGUAUAUAUUUCAAAUGUAGCUCUAAAUUGCCACACGCACAGUAUUUCAAUGGCUUGAGUUUCGGUGUCAAAAACUCUGCUGAUAAUGUUACAAGUAUUUAUACCGUUCUCUGUGGUUGAGAUCAACGGUGCUGAGAAUUGUGGGAAAUGCAGUUCAGCUGGUCUGAACAUGGCACAGGCGAUACACCGCACACCUGAACAUAAAUGUCAAUCAUUUUGAAUGUGGUUUCAUUUUCUAUAGGAGGAUUCCAUUGCAUUAUGCUACAGUAAACAGAUGUGUUUGAACACUCUAUGCAGCCAUCACAAGGCUAAUCCAAACUUGCUGCUCUAGUUAUUUUUAAUGUAAGAACACAUUGCCUUCCUGUUUAUAUUAUGUCAUAUUACCACAGCCCAUGCUGGUUUAGAUCAAAUGAAGAGUUGGCUAAUUUUAGAGCCCUAUUUGUGGCAACAGCAGUUUUGCAUACCAACUGAAUAUAGAUUGAAUUCCCAGACCUCCACAUGUAUGCUUUUGCCGUGCAUUACUGGCUCUUUUCCUUCUAGAAUAUAUAUAUUUUUUCUUUCAGGAGCAGACAAUCAGUUGCAACUCAUAAAGCUUUGAAUUAACAGAGCCAAAACUGGGUCAUUGUGUCAAAGAAAUGUUUAAAAUGAACAAAAUCAUUAACUCUUUUUUUGGUGAAAAACUAGAUGAUAUGCUUGCUCCCCUAUCAGAUCUGAUUCUCAGGGUGUUUUUUUUUUUGUUUUGUUUUUUGAGAGCGAGAGUUUUGGUCAAGCUUGCAAAUCAGAGAUAAAGUUCAGAGCUAUGGGUUUCUUUUUCAAAUGAAUGAAACUUUGCAAGCAGUUUUCCAGACCUAAAUGAAGCCUGUCGCUGUUGUGAUCAUGCUGUCCUUGCUUUUUCCCUUCUUAUAAAGAGGCCAGGAAAUGGAGACUCAGCUGGAUGACUUAAUUACAGAAUUUUACACAGUGGCCCCCAACUAAGUUACAGUGACCCCUGCUGGUCUGCAUAUGUUUUUCUUUUUUAAAUGAACACUGGACCUUUUUUCAAAUUUGUCUUAAGCUUUAUUGAAUAGUUUAAAUCAUGUCUAUGGCCUGCCAGUUAACUACAAAUAUUUAAUUUCUUCUGUGACUGUUCACCAUCAGCUGUGUCUCCUAUUAAAGACAUUUAGGCCUCGUAGUCAGCACACCCUAGGAAACUACAUCCGCUCUAUAAACAAUCUGUUACUCUUCGUACUGCUUCAUUGGUUGCUUGCUGAAGAGCUAAAUCAAACUUGUGUCAUGUAGUAUUUAUAUAGUCUCACAAUUUGAAAUGUUUAAUAUUACGUUGUCCACCCAGGUAUGAGGAAUGAGGGCUAAGAAUGUGUGAUUUAUAUUGUCUCUCUGCUAAUAGAAAGACAAGCACACCGUUCAGAAGCCUGAUGUAGUGUUUGUUGGGAGGAACAAAGUGUUUACAUGGGUUCAUGAACCGUACAAAAAGCUUGUAUUUAUAAACUACAAUUUUAUCCAUGACAAAGUUAAGUAUGCAAGUUUUUAUACACUGGUAUUUACUGUACUCCUGAGAGUUGUCAAACUCUUCAGGCCCUUGUUGUUGCUCUUGCAUCCGUGCAUAACAUUGAAGAAAACAAACUUGUCGUAUAUAGUUCACAACUGUGAUGUUCAUGUAUUAGAAUACUUUUAAAAAGCAAUUAGUUUAUUUUGUUACUGCCUUGAAAAUAAUUCUUUAUUUCCAUCAUAAGAUAUUUGAAUGUUAAUAUGAUGCCUUGAACGUGGCUUUAGUCGUCCAUGGAUGUAUAUUUGUGUAUUUGUUGACGUGUAUGUAUAUGCUGAGGUGUAUGAUGAUGAAAAUCCAGUUCUAAAAAUGAAAUCAUUAUUCUGUUUGUAUUUUUGGAUUAUAACUCGGUCAUGUCUAUACCUAAACCUUAAUUUUUUUUUUUUCUUUUUUCACUUUUCCCACACAAAUAUUUUUUGAACAGUCAAAUGAGUUUUUUUGCCACUUUAUAUGCAGAUUAUUUUCUGACACCUCUUACCAAAAAAAAACACAUUGUAAACUGCACAAAUGUUAUUACCAAAAUGUGCCUGUUAAUAUGAUUUUUAAUCAUGGUCUCUUUUGUAAUUGGAUAUGCACAUUUAUUUUCUCAUGUUUAUGACUGCCUUUUUAAAAUGUAAUUCUUGUAAUAAGUGGAAUAAACGGAUUUCUUGACCCUCUGUCA